AUGGACGACAUACCAUACAUAGAUGAUGAUGGUGCCAUAAAUGACUUCAAUUGCAUACCAGGUGACAUGAACUACGGUAGUAAAAAUGAUUACGACGGUAUUUGGAAUUUAUAGAAGCAAGAAGAGCCAAUGUUAAAAAAAUUAUUGUUCAUAAAAUUUAUAUGCAUUUUCCCUAGAGAUAUUGGGAAAUAAAAUUUAUUUUAAUUUAUUUUUUUUUGAUGUUGGCACUUUUGGCACCCAGCAACAAACACGAGUAUCAUUUUAUGUUAUCCAAUUGCCGAUAACUUCGUCGUUAUUUAUUAAUUUUAUUCAAUAGGGUUUGGUGCGAGGGCAACACAUUUGUAAAUAAAUAUUAAGUCUUUAUAUUCAUCUCACUAUUGGACAAAAAUAAAAAUAAAAUAUAUUANGAAAUAAAAUUUAUUUUAAUUUUUUUUUUUUUGAUAUUGGCACUUUUGGCACCCAGCAACAAACACGAGUAUCCUUUUAUGUUAUCCAAUUGCUGAUAAUUUUGUCGUUAUUUAUUAAUUUUAUUCAAUCGGGUUUGGUGCGAGGGCAACACAUUUGUAAACAAAUAUUAAGUCUUUAUAUUCCUCACACUAUUGGACAAAAAUAAAUAUAAAAUAUAUUAUGUCUCUGUUCAUUAAUAAUAUCGAAUGUUAUGUCUUUCACAUAGCGCUACGCUUAGUCUAUUCCGUUUUAUUUGCUGCAAUAUUUAAUAAAUUAAAAUAACCAAUUUAUAUUAAUGUCAUUGUAUUAAUAUAAUUAAUAAAAUAACUUUUCUUCCCAGUUAAAAUAUUUUGUACAUCGGCCGUAAUAAUAAAAUUAUUUAUAACGAGAUAUUGGUUUACUUUAUGACUCGGAGUGGGGUGAAGAUAUUGACGUCCGUAUAACUUUUGUGAAAUAAAUUACUAUAAGCGGCAUUCAAUUAUUUUAAAAUGACAACUUUUGUUCUAAUAAAACAAAAUAAAAAAAAGAUCUAUCACUGGGAAUGGAAGUGGCCACUGUUGUAAGUUAGAAGUUGGGAAUGUGGGAUACAUAAGGUUCAUAGUAUUUAAAUAUAUAGCGACGAUAAACUAUUAUUUAUCGAGUAUUCAGUCUCUACGUGUAUUUAUAACCGAAUUACACCAAGACACACCCAGCAAAUAAAAUUCCUUUAUCAGUCACAAGAGGAUCGAAAGUUUUAGCGUAAUACUUUUAGAAAGUAAAUCAAAUAUGCAACAUAAACUAUACUUUCUAAAUUUUUCCAUUUCAUCUAUUUUUUUAGUAGAAAACGUAGUUCGUAUUUGAAUUAAAUAAUGAAAUCCUAAAAUUGUAUGUUUUCCUACGUUUUUUUUCCCAAUUGAGUGUUUUAUAUGAUACCAUAAUACUUUACUAUAUACAGAGUGAUUCACUAAACCCUGCUCAUCAAAACUCUUGGGAAAAAGUACUAUUAGUAUUUAAUAAUUAACUAUUGUAAUAAGUAGUUUUUUAGUGGUGAACUAUUUAAUAACGUAUAGUAUACUAUUACAAUAAGAAGGUUUGGUUUAUCGUUGUUAACAGGUAUUCAUUAUAUCAAGUAUUGUGUCUCCCAAAAGACAUUAGGCGUUGGUAAGGUUAGGAAAUUCCGUUCAUCUUAAAUUUAAUGUUAUGUUUUAUGAUUGUAUUUAAUAAAUACUGCAAAAUAAAGAUCGCUUAAUUUAUUAAAAAAUAAAAAUAACAUAUUUAAAUUUAAAAUGCUCUAAUAAAAUAAUUGCAUUCAUUCUGUGGUAUACCAUACGUAUACCACAUAUAUACCACGUAUAUUCAAUAUUAAUAUAUCCAAUACGAAAUGUAUAUAUUUUAUAAAUUAUGUAAAAAAAAGUGCGGUCAUUUUUAAAAUUAAACGACUAACACAGUGUUAAAAAGAUCUGUCAACAUACAAUAAUUAAAAAUAUGAACUAAAAAUACAGUACUGACCUCGAUAACAUACAAGGGGGUGCUGUGUAUAAAUAUUGAUAAACAAUUUAUUUAUCGGAAUGCAUAGACAGCUUGAUACAUCAAGCAGCGGAAAGUCCAAGACUACAAGUGCUACUGUCACAGAAUUCGUAUACUUUAUUAACGAUGUUAUGAAAUAACCUAAAUCUAAGGAAGCAAAACAGAAAAAUGGUGUAAAAUAUACUUAUAACAAUUGUUUUAUGUAACAUAUUUCACUAACUUAAAAGUUCAUUAUUUGGUUCAUUCAGAUUUAUUCCGAAAAUCACAAGUGAACUCACCUAACUCGAUAAUAAUUGCCUAUGUAAUUUUCCUGUUUAAUCUAUUUUUUUUCGUAGUGGAAAUACCUGUCAAGACAGGAGUUGAUAUGGAGAAGAAGCCGUCACAUGAACAAUUGAAAUUACAAGGUGAAUUUAACUCUAUAAUAUAAAAACUAUAUUGCAUAUAAAGGUGUCCCAAAAAGAUAUACCAAUUGUAAUAUCUCCGGAGAAUUUUUAAAUUACUCAAUUGGAUGAAGACUACAAAUAUUAUGUUGCAAUUCAUUUUUUAUGUUUCAGUAAACAUUAAACAAUUUAUCGUUUUAUUUUUUUUAAAAUUAGAUGAAAAAAGAACAUAGAUAUUUUGACAAAUAGAGUUUGUUAGGGAAAGAGUUCAGAAAAAAAUAACUAUACUGUAAUCGUAUUCUUUAAUUUAUUUUUAAUAUUACAAUUAAUUGACUGUUAACUUCUUUAACUGAUAUUCAAAUUUUUUUUUAAAAACCGAGAACUUCAUGAAAAAAAAAUGUUGAUACGUCAGAAUUUUCGUAUGAAUAAACUCUAUAAAAAUAGUUUUCUUCAAUUUUUUUAAAAAUAAUAAAAUAAAAAGUUAUGUUUUUAAAUUUUUUACUAAAAAUAAAUAUUUAUUGAUAUAUAAUAUUAAAUUAUAAAAAUUGAAACAAAAUUUUUAUCUCGAUUAGUAAUAUAUAAAAUACAGAAUGUGAUUAUCUUGAUUAUGUACGGAAAAAAUUAUUGAGAUACACCGUGGUUGCGGAUUUUUGAAUGAUUACAAUUGAAUAUAUAUUCUGUACAUAAAAAUUGCUUAAUUUCUUAUUUCAGUCUUAAUUUAUACUUACAGAAAUAGUGUGCACAGAUAACGGGAAUUAUAUGAAGACAUAUCUGAAAUAUGAAUCGAAAAUUUGUAAAGAAAUUACAGGGAUGAUAGGCACUCCAAUGGAAAACAAUAUCCUGAAAUCUCCUUUAGAUAAACCUGUUUUCGACACUCAAGAUAAACAUAAAG